AUUGAGAAAAUUGAGCCGUAGCUAUGCUGAUGACUUGCCUUAUCUCAUCCACCUCCUCCUUCACUCUCACCGCCUUCUCCCUGUUCCCUCCAAGACCAAAACCCCAUAAUUCAAAUCAAAAACUAAAUCGCUAUCAACAGAAUCAACAGUCUCCUCCAGUUCAAAUUCCAGUAAAGAUCUCUCGCCGAGAAGCUGCUUUGCUAUCGUCCCUGUCUUUUCUCUUGUCUUUCUCGCCACCUGACCCUGCAAUUGCAUUUUCCUUCGGAUUUUCAGGACCAAAAGACUGGCUCAAGGAGCAAAAGAAGAAGGCCUCGAGGUUCCUAUUGGCUCCUAUCGAUGCUUCUAGAGAGAGCCUCCGCUCCGCGUAUCUCCUGCUCGCUAGAGAAUCUGGUUAUACGGAUAAAGACGCCGAGGAGGUUCGAAGAUAUUUGAAAUCUGCUGCUAGGGAUUGCGUUUCGCAGGAUAGAAACUCGUUAGUUGCGUUUCAAGCAAGUACCGGAGUGGAGGUUUGCACGUUCAAAUUGAUAGUGAAGAAUGCAUCAUCUUUGCUUGAUGAUAGGGAUCCUAUAAAGUUGGAGGCUGAAGUGAUACUAACUGAUCUUAUCAGGUCUUUUACUUCACUUAGUGCAGUAGCAAGUGAGAAUGAUAUUCGACUUUCUUCCAAUAGACAAAAAGUGGCAGAUGCACUUAUUGAUACUAUAUCUUCCCUAGGAAAAUUUGAGAAGAGCAUUAAGGACUGCCUUGAAAUUUGACCUUCUAAUCUCAUCAUCAGUUGAAAUUUCUCUGAUGUUAAUGUUAUUUAUUUCAAGGUUCUGCUGACACUAUGAUCUUUUGGGGUCUGAACAUGGAAAGUUGUGGAACUGCAGGAGUAUGUCUAUUCAGAUUCGGUCUUUGUUGCAUUAUUUAUUCUUUUUUCUCUUCUAUCAUAUACUCUGCCAUUGUUUCUGCAUUUACAGUCUGUUUUGGGAGAAAAUUAUUCACGUACAUAACAAUAUUUUAAAUGGAAGAAAAUGUGUUUGUUGUCAACUUCUCUGAAAUGCUUAAUCUGGAAUCCCAGAAUCAUUCUCUAUCCCCCACAGAGAAUAACAAUUUGACUCUGCUGCAAGUGUUCCGUUGCUUUUUCCGUUUCAUUUUAGGUAAGCUCAGCUAAAUUGGAUCAAUGUGGAAACACAGAAUGAAAA